GCCGCCGCCAUCUUUGUUUGGGGCAGCCGGGCCUGGCGUCUGGAGAUGCCGAAGUCGUGCGCGGCCCGGCAGUGCUGCAACCGCUACAGCAAUCGCAGGAAGCAGCUCACCUUCCACCGGUUCCCGUUCAGCCGCCCGGAGCUGCUGAAGGAAUGGGUGCUGAACAUCGGCCGGGGCGACUUCGAGCCCAAGCAGCACACAGUCAUCUGCUCCGAGCACUUCCGGCCCGAGUGCUUCAGCGCCUUUGGGAACCGCAAGAACCUCAAGCACAACGCAGUGCCUACAGUGUUCGCAUUCCAGGGCCCCCCACAGCUGGUGAGGGAGAACAUGGACCCUACCGGCCGGAGUGGAGACGCCACCUCUGGGGAGAGAAAGGUCCUCCCUGAGCCGGCGUCCGGGGAGUGUGGCCUGGGGAGGAAGAUGGACACUGAAGCUGAAGCGCUGCAGCUGCCCCCUGAGGUUGGAGGCCCAGGAGCACAGGUCCCGCCACACACACCAGAAGCCUCUGGGGUCCCUGGUCAGCCAGCUAGCCCCCCAGAGCUGAAGAGGCGCCUCCCCACACAGCCGUCCGAUCACAGCUAUGCCCUUUUGGACUUAGACGCCCUUAAAAAAAAACUCUUCCUGACUCUGAAGGAGAACGAAAAGCUCCGCAGGCGCCUGAAGGCCCAGAGGCUGGUGAUGCGGAGGAUGUGCAGCCAGCUGCGUGCACGCCUUGCGGGGCGGCCAGGACUCCAGGCCAGGCCUCCGCUGGGGCAGCAGAGCUGAGCUGCUUGCUGGGCCGUUGUCUGAGCCUCUGAGAGGAGGGGCCAUGGUCUCCAGACUCUGGCUGUGGACCUUUUGGUCCCACUUUGACCCUCAGGCCAGCACCACCUCAGGUGGGAGUGUGGUGGCCCCAGGCGGGGAGGAGGCUGGGGCCCUGAAGAGGACACCGUGGCUCUCCCUUCAGGAGGUGACAGCCCAGCUGCCUCUCUAGCACAAGCUGGGUGAGCGUCCUUGGAACCACCCCGGGCCAGUGUGGCAGACCAUGUCCUUGAGGGGUAGGUGGGGCGCUAGCUGACCCUAAGGCAGCGAGAUGUCCCCUCCAUCACCUGGAUGGCUGGCUCUGUCCCAGGAGUACCUCUCUGCACGGCCAGUAUGAGUGAGCAACGUAAUAAAGUGUCUUCCUACCCCACGUGCCGCCUCCUUCGUUUAAGAGUGAGUGAGCACUAGUUUGAGUUC